AUGUCCGGCUCGCUGCGGGCCGGGUCCUCUGCUGCGUGCCGUCCCGCGGCCUGGACUCCGCGCGUCUGCGCCCCCGCGCCAUGCCGCCUCCUCGCAACUCCCUGCGCCAUCGUCGCGACCCCGUCCGUCUCUGCCUCCGCCAGUGGCCGGGACACGCCUGCCGGCUUCGCCUACACCACACCCCGCGCCAAGUCCGACCACUCCCGAGUCGCCCACGCCGGGUCCGGCCCUCCAUCCGCUGCACCGGCUCCCGGCGCCAACUGCUUCCCCGUUGCCGGGCUCCCUGCCACCGGCUCCCCCGCGCCUCCGCCGUCUUCGCGGCGGCCCCUGGCCGGCUCCACCCUCACCACGGCCGCCUCCCCCGUGUGCCUCGCACCGCCGCACCAGCCGGCCGCGGCCCCGGGCCGACUCCGUCGACCGCCGGCUCCGCCUCCGCCUCCGCCGAGUCGCGCGUGCCGGCUCCGUCUUCUCCAACCCGGCCGACCUCACCGCCCGCCGGCUUGCUGCUCCAACCAGCUGCCGGCUCCCCGCGCCGAGUCGCUGUGCCCGGUUCCCGCCCCGCGGCCGGCUUCUCCCGCGCCUAGCCGCCGGGUUACUGGCGCCCCCGCCUCCGGCAUCAUCCCGCUCCGGCCGGCUCGUCGCGCACCGGUUGCCGCCUCCCCGCAGCCGGCUCCGCCGGCCGACCUCCCGCACCCCGGCCGCGCCAGCGCCGGCUCGCCUCUCGCCCGUGCCACUCCACUCCGCGUGCCGUGCCAACUCCCCUGCCGCGCCCCUGGCCAGCCGGGUAGCGCACCUCCGCUGCCAGCUUCUGGGUCGAGCACCGUGGCCGGCUGCACCCCACGCGCCCCCGUCGGGCCCCGCUCCAGCCGCUUGCUGUAG